AUGGUUCAAUUCGAAAUCAUUGAUGUUAGUGUCGUCAUUAUCAAAGAUUCUUAUAGGCUAGCUAAUAUUAUACGUGAAUCAGACAAAGUUAAUGGUGAACUUAGACAAGCUGUGAUGCACAAGGCAAAUGAGUUGAAUAUUGUUUGUACGAUAUUAGAACAUUUACGAACUUUCGCACAUCGAGUUACUGUAGCUGACGAAGCUUUUAUAAUUGCAAAUAUAAAUUCGAUAACACCCAUAAUUGAAAAUAUUAGAAAGACUUUACAAGAUGUGGACCGUGAUCGAAAUUUGUUCGGACGUUUACUCAUGAAAGACGAUGAACAUCGACGAUAA